ACGCCUUUCCGUCGCCUCUAGGCGAUCCGCCCCUCCUUCCGGAGCACAACACGGCAACUUCUAGAAACCUUGUCCCGCCACGUAAACCAAAUAGGUGGCCUGAUAAAAACUCCAUAAAGAUGCACUCCAAUCAACGGUAGAUCCCCAGUUUCGUAGAAGCUUAUGUCCACCCGAUCUUAGAGAGAGAAAGCGGCGCUGGUAUAAAUUGGUGCUCUUCUUUAUCGCGCACUGCUUCAACCUGCCCUCCCCUCCAUCUCUCUAUCGAAUCCCAAUUAUUCUUAAAGAUCUUUUCUGGGUUGCUCAGUUUCUCUCCCAGAUCUCUCAUCUAGGGUUUGCUUUAGUCUCCAUCCUCCGAUCAGCCGUUGCCGAGCCUCAGAUCCUUAUUUCUUUGAUGAAUGGCUUCUGGGCCUCCGGUGGGCGGUGCCGGCGGAGGCGAAGGUUCCUGGGAGAAGCACCGGUGGGCGGUGGAUAGCAAGGUCUACACCCGCAAGUCCCACAACAAGAACCACCCCAAGCCUUCCGGCGGCGGCGCCGCCCAUGACCCCCCGCCUCCUGACCCCUCCUCCAAGCAAACCCUCGCCACUACCACCGACGACGUGCAUUCUUCCCUCCAGCAGCACCCUCCGGUGCCCCACCACCACCGUCCCCGCCCCGCCACUUCGGACGAGGACGCUUGCAGCCUCAACCACCGCCCUCCGCCGGACCCCUCCAAGAACCACUCCAGCUGCCGCUCCCCCAAUGGCCAGCACCGAGUCGUCACCAUCAGCGUCGCCUCCCGGCCUCGCCAUGAAGUCCGCGAGCUCCGACGGCGGCUCAUCGCGGAGCUCGAGCAGGUUCGCUCCGUCGUCAAGAGGCUCGAGGCCCACGAAUCCCAGCCUUCCACCACCGCCGCCCCGGCCUCCCAGCUCUCUGUCAACGAAGUCAUUACACCUCUCUCUUCCAAGAGAGCUGCCGCGAAUUCGGAGGCAGCAUCCACCACCGCGGCCCCGCUCCGCCGCCAGCUCGGCGUAUCGGUGCCAGAAAAUAGCGUCGAUGAGCUUUUGGAGAAAGAGAAGCGGACGCCCAAGGCCAACCAGCUGUACCGGAACUCCGAUUUCGUCCUUGGAAAGGAGAAGUUCCCGGCGCCGGGGCUUCAUGGUCACAAGAAAUCAAAGGCCAAUGGAAGCAAGAAGCACUCGACGGGAGAGAUGAACCGCGGUGCUCAAAUGCUCGACAAGAAGCUCGACGCCCAUGCCUUCAAGAGCUGCAGCGCUCUGCUCCAGAAGCUGAUGAAGCAUAAGUAUGGGUGGGUGUUCAACACGCCAGUUGACGUGAAGGGCCUCGGCCUAAAUGAUUACUACAGCAUCAUCAAGCACCCAAUGGACCUCGGCACCGUGAAGUCCCGGCUAUCCAAGAACUGGUACGGGACCCCCUCAGAGUUCGCUGAGGACGUCAGACUGACCUUCCACAAUGCCGUGACCUACAAUCCCAAGGGGCAGGAUGCCCACUUCAUGGCUGAGCAGCUCUCCCAAAUCUUCGAGCAACAGUGGCUUACUAUUGAGGCUGAGUACACCUAUCUCUCGCAUCCCCCGCGUCCGACCAUCACCACCACCAAGAAGGCUCAGCAGGUUGACAUGAGAACGACCCUCGAGAAGUUGGACUCCACUGUCCGCCCAAUGGUGGUCGAUUUGAAGCCGCACCAGGUGAAUUAUACCCGACAUGUUGGUCGGCCUCCAGCCUUGAAGAAGCCAAAGGCUAAGGACCCAAACAAGAGGGAUAUGACAUUUGACGAGAAGCAGCGGCUGAGCCAUCGUCUGCAGAGCCUGCCAUCAGAGAAGCUGGAUAACGUCGUUCAGAUUAUCGAGAAGAGAAACUCCUCUCUGAGCCAGCAUGAUGAUGAAAUUGAGGUGGAUAUUGACAGUGUGGAUGCAGACACUCUUUGGGAGCUUGAUAGAUUUGUGACCAAUUACAAAAAGAGUCUGAGUAAGAACAAGAGGAAGGCUGAGCUUGCCAAUCUAGCCAGAGCAGAGGCCGAGCACCAAACCCUGGAAAGAAUAGAGGAAAAGAUUCCUGAUGCUGUUGUCGUGGAAGUGCCCAAGGAAAGGAAGACAGGCAAAUAUAUUGAUUGCAUUUGCUUUUGGUUAUUCUAUUUGUUUCUUCAUGAGUUAUAUUCUGAUUGUGCAAAUAUUGUAAAACCAUCAGCGGAUGACAAGAAUGCAGCAUUUAUAUCUCCGGUUGGAGAGGAAAAAAAGAGGGCCAGUAGAUCAAGUAGCUCAAGCAGCUCUAGUAGUGACUCAGGAUCCUCCUCUAGUGAUUCUGAUAGUGAAAGUUCCUUGGGAUACGGAUCUGAAGCAGCGCAUUCACCUAGGACAUGUAUGGUUAAAAGCAGGUGACAUCACUCUUUCUAGCAAUAUGCUGCACUUUGUUGAAAAUGGAGGAAGCUUUCUUGAUAGUUCUCUAUCUUUAGCCCAAGGAAUUGCAUGACUCAAAUAUUUUUCCAGCCAGGAGGGGUGGGUGAAAUGCUGAAGUUGAACAGAUAUUAUUACAUGCUAAGCUGACAAUCUGCAUUGCUGAUAGAGUUUUGACAUGAUUUUGCCCCAAAAGGGAGUGACCUGUAAUAUUGGAAUUCAACUUCCCCGUGAUACUGCUCUUUUAUUUUCUUCUCUAUGCUUGUUUGAUAGUUGCAGGAAAAUUCUGAUUGUAACCUUGCGGUCAUUGGGGAAGCGAGGAUGCUGGUCUUGUCAAAAGUUCCUAUAUCAUGCAAAUAUGUAAUGUAUGAUUUGUAAUUUAUAGAUUCUGGAAGCUGGGUUUCUUUCCUGUCUCUGUUCUAUUCUCAUCAGUGUGGCUGCUUGACAGCAUGGAAAUACCAGCAGCCUCUUAAUUCAGUCAAAUGAUGGGACGAUGGCACGAUGCUCUAACAGAAUAUGUUGGAUGUAAAAUUGGGAGUCUGAAGUAUCUUUAUCAAGUUGCAAGUUCAUGCAUCCCACAAGAGGGAGAUGGAGUUUUUCUUCAAUGCCCAGAAUGAACAACCUUUAAUCUCAGCAAUGAUUGUGUAUCCUUUUGGUGUAUGUUUUCUUCUUUUCAGCAGGUAGAUGCUGCUGGCUGGUAGGUUCACUUGAUGUUAGCUUAUUAACUCCAAAUAUCAAAUUCUUCCUUAAUUUUCUUCUGAUAGGGUAAUGGUAAGCAUAUUGAUUAGUUUGGCAUCACUUUUGGACAUUCCUCACUUUUUCUUGGUAUAUAAAGGAAAUUCGUUGUGUUUUUGAUGUUAGUAGCGUAUUUCAACCAUUCAAAAUCUUUUUGUUGCAGGUUGUAUUCUAAAACCUCAGGUCGAUUCUUAAACUAAGUGUUUGGAUGGACUGAUUUGCAUGUCCUGGUAGCUGAUCGAAUAGCCAAUCGAAAAAUUGCUGGCGGGGGUUGAGAAAUGGAGAGGACAGAAAUGAAAAAUGAGAAGAGAACCUUGUAUAUGAGCCAGGCUUCGGGGACAGUUUUUAAACUAAUCUGGUUUCCUGUAUCAUGCUUCCCAAAACAAAGAAUUUAUAUGGCUGGAUAUAAAUUUACGAAAGACU